AUGGCGGACGCAAAGGCAUAUACCGGGCGUCGCGAGUAUGUCCAACCCGAGCCUAAGAUGACAGCCGGCCGGUACAUCGCCACACGUAUAUCGACUCUCAAGCCUCCGAUGGCCAAAGUCGCCAAUCCCAUCGCGCUGCUCCGACUGCUGAAUUUCCAGCAAUGGAUGUUCUUCCUAGUCGCAUUCUGCGCAUGGACAUGGGAUGCGUUCGACUUCUUCACUGUUUCACUGACGGUCGAGGACCUCGCCGAGACCUUCGGCAAGACGAAGAAAGACAUCACAUGGGGCAUCACUCUCGUGCUGAUGUUGAGAAGUGUAGGCAGUAUCACGUUCGGACUUGCAGCAGAUAGGUUUGGGCGAAAAUGGCCGUUCGUUAUCAACAACUUGCUGUUCAUCGUCUUGGAAUUGGGUACUGGAUUUUGCACAACGUAUAACCAGUUCCUGGGUGUAAGAGCCAUGUUUGGUAUUGCGAUGGGCGGGCUGUACGGCAAUGCUGCUGCUACUGCUCUCGAAGAUUGCCCUGAAGCUGCUCGCGGUAUCAUCUCCGGCAUGCUCCAGCAAGGCUACGCAUUCGGCUACCUCCUCGCCACUGUAUUCGCCCGCGCGUUCGUCAACACUGUCGGUCACGGCUGGCGCCCGCUGUUCUGGUUCGGCGCAGGACCUCCCGUACUGAUCAUAAUCUUCCGUCUCUGCCUGCCAGAAACACAGGCAUACCAGGAGCGCAAGCGUCUCCGUGAAGAAGAGCCCAACGCAGCCAAGCUCUUCGUCGAAGAAGGCAAAGUCGCACUGAAGAAGCACUGGAUGCUAUUGGUAUACAUGGUACUUCUUAUGGCUGGCUUCAACUUCAUGUCCCACGGCAGCCAGGACUUGUACCCUACGAUGCUUAGCAACCAGUACAACUUCUCUGCCAACCAAGUCACCAUCACGCAAGUUGUCGCGAACUUGGGCGCCAUGACCGGCGGUACGCUCGUUGGGUACAGUUCGUCUAUCCUAGGCCGUCGCUUCUGCAUCAUCGUCAUGUGCAUCAUCGGCGGCGCACUACUGUACCCCUACACCUUCACAUCCUCCAACGCCGUCAUCGCCGCAGCAUUCUUCCAGCAAUUCUGCGUCCAGGGUGCAUGGGGCGUCAUCCCCAUCCACCUCAUGGAGCUUUCUCCCGGAUCGUUCCGCACAUUCGUCGUCGGCACGAGUUACCAGCUCGGCAACCUCGUUUCCUCCGCGUCGUCUACGAUCGAGACGACUAUUGGCGAGAAGUUCCCGCUGCCGCCCAAGGGCAAGGUUACGCGCUACAAGUAUGGCUUGGUUAUCUGCAUCUUCAUGGGAUGUGUGUAUGCCUAUGUCAUUUUGUUGACGCUCAUUGGACCUGAGUAUCGUGGGAGGAACUUCGAUGCUGAGGCUGAUGCGGAUUUGGCUGCUGCUAAGGGGGAGAGGAAGGAUGUUGGGCGACAGGACAGUGACUAUGAAGACAAAAGCAAGGCUAUGGACAUGGGGCAUGUCUAG